CACAGGCUCAUAACCCAGUGUUGGCACUCCACUCGAUCAAGCUAGCUCCUGCCCCCUGCCAUGGCAAGCUUCAACCAUGCCAACGACACCGCCCGGGACACCGGCUCUCCCCCGGCUGCGGCUGCUACGUCUACCCUCGGAGUUGGGCCCCUUCCUCUAGACGCCGGCGAGUUCCGGCGUCAGGGACGUCAAGUCAUGGACUUCAUCGCGGACUACUACGACCGCAUCGACGAGUACCCUGUUCGCCCGGCCGUCGCUCCCGGGUUCCUAGCCCGGCAGCUUCCCGACACGGCGCCGUCGUGGCCGGAGCCCGACGCGCUCGCCUCGGCGCUGCGCGACAUCCGGGACCUCAUCCUUCCCGGCGUCACCCACUGGCAGAGCCCCCGUCAUUUCGCGCACUUCGCGGCGACGGCGAGCAACGUGGGCGCGCUCGGCGAGGCCCUCGCCGCGGGCCUCAACAUCAACCCUUUUACCUGGGCCGCCUCGCCGGCGGCCACCGAGCUCGAGGUCGUUGUUACAGAUUGGCUGGGUAAGGCGCUACACCUCCCGGAGCAGCUGCUCUUCUGCGGUGGCGGCGGCGGCACGCUGCUCGGGACGUCGUGCGAGGCCAUGCUCUGCACCAUCGUCGCCGCGAGGGACCGGAAGCUCGCCGAAGUAGGAGGCGAGGAGAGGAUGGGCGACCUCGUCGUCUACUGCUCCGACCAGACCCACUUCUCGAUCAAGAAGGCCGCGCACGUCGCCGGCAUUCGCCGGGCGAACUGCCGGGUGAUACCGACGUGCCGCGAGAGCGGCUUCACGCUGUCGCCGGCGGCACUGCAGGCCGCCGUGCGCGCCGACGAGGCAGCUGGGAGGGUCCCUCUCUUCCUGUGCGCGACUGUGGGGACCACUCCGACGGCGGCGGUCGACCCUCUCCGCGAGCUGUGCGCCGCGGUGGCGGGCCACGGCGUGUGGGUGCACGUGGACGCAGCCUACGCCGGCGCAGCGUGUAUUUGCCCGGAGUUCAGCCACAUCACCGCGGGCGCCGCGGCCGUGGACUCGUUCAGCACGAACCCGCACAAGUGGCUCCUGUCCAACAUGGACUGCUGCGCGCUGUGGGUGCGGCAUCCCACGGCGCUCGUGGCGUCGCUCGGCACCGACGACGACGUGAUCCUCAAGGACGCAGCUGCAUCGGGCGUCGUGGACUACAAGGACUGGCAGGUGGCGCUGAGCCGCCGGUUCCGCGCGCUGAAGCUGUGGCUCGUGCUCCGCUGCCACGGCGUGGAGGGCCUCCGCGGCUUCGUGCGCGCCCACGUGCGCAUGGCCGCGGCCUUCGAAGCCAUGGUGCGCGCCGACCCGCGGUUCGAGGUGCCCGUGCCGGCGCGGUUCGGGCUCGUGUGCUUCCGCCUCCGCCCCGUCGACGACGGCAUGGCCGAGACCACGACGAACGAGCUCAACCGGAGGCUGCUGGAGGCGGUGAACGCGACGGGGCGCGCGUACAUGAGCUGCGCGGUGGUGGGUGGCAUGUACGUGCUGCGGUGCGCCAUCGGGAACUCGCUGACGGAGGAGCGGCACGUCCGGGAGGCGUGGAGCGUCGUGCAGGAGCAAGCCGACGCGGUGCUUGCCCCGGCGGGCGCCGGCGUCGCUCCGGCUGCUCGUUCGAAGGGGCGUACGGUUGAGGAUGCCCGUCGCAUGGAGACCGGCGUGCAUGAGAAAUGGCGCUCACCGCCGCGCACUGCGUACCGCGUGAUUCGUUCUUACGCGUUGGCUUUCCUCUUGGGUAAAUAAAAGGAACUGGUGAGAUUAGGGUGUACCUGUCCUGUCCAUGGAUUAAAUAUUGGAUUUGUAUACUUUCGAAAAUAAGUAAAUACUAUUGGAUUUGGAUGUGAAGGUGUAUCAAUGGCUUGGAGAGACGUCACAACACAAAAGCAUUACUAAGUGAAGCAGACAUGGAUCA